AUGUUGUUGAUUGUGUGUUCUGGCCCGGUAUCUGAUUGGCUUCAUACUUGGUACCGGUACCAUGUAACUGAACUAGUUGAAUUCUUAGAUACCCAUCACCCCAAUAACUGGCACAUGUGGAACUUUAGAGGUGAAGGGUCGGGGUAUUCUGAUUCUCAAGUGCGUGAUCAAGUAUCUCAUUAUCCGUUCCCCGACCAUCAAAUCCCUCCGUUAACUGUGAUAUCUGAAUGCACUACGGAGAUUGAUCAAUGGCUCCGGAAAUCUCCAGAUACGGUGGCAGUUUUGCAUUGUAAGGCAGGGAAGGGACGUAGCGGAACAUUAUGUUGUGCUUAUUUACUAAUGGGAGAUCCAGCCGUUAGCGGGCUACAAUUACCAUCUACCAAUUUAACUGUUGAUAAUGUGGUGGCAGAAUAUACAGCCAAACGAAUGCGUAAACAAUGUGGAUCAGGGAUCAGUAUCAAAAGUCAACUUCGAUAUUUAAGGUAUUGGAACAAAUACUUAAUGGACCCACCGGAACAACCACUAACCACCAGUGUGAAGAUAACUAGAAUAGUGCUCCAUGAUAUGGCACCUCUGGUGAAAGUGCAAAUCCAGUCAUAUGUAGAAACCAAAGGUACUUACUGCAUUCACAAUAACAGUACAUUUACAAUGGGGAAAGAAGUGAGGGAGUUGGAAAUAGAUCAAGUUAUGGAUACACCAGAUAUACGGAUUCUUAUUGAUGACUAUGCUUCUUUCUGGUUUAAUGUUAACUUUGAACAACUGGGCACCGCAUUUGAAUGGACUCAGUUUGAUGGGUUCAAAGGUACUGGAUACAAAGGAGUUGCAAGUUUCCAUGAAAUGAUAUUAUAUUGGCAAUAA